UAGUACAAGUGCAUAGUGGUUCGCUUGUGAUAUUUGUAGCAAGUUGACUUCAAUAUUUUGUAUGUUUAACAACUCAAGCAUCUCAUGUCAUGACUGGUAACUCAUUUUAGCAGGAGCAUGCCCAAAGGCUAUUCGAAAUGAAAUGAAGGUUGAGGGUUUAACUCUUUACCAUGUGAAGAGCCACCUCCAGAAGUACAGGCAAAAUCCAGAGUCAGUGAGGCAGAUGUUUGAGACUUCCAAAUAUGUUCAAAGUUCCUCAGUUUCUCACGUCCCACAAGGCUCAAGCAACUCUUUGAGCUCAUCAACACUCCAAGAAAAUCAUUCCUCAUAUUGCAAUGCCACGGGCAAAUCAAAAGUUAGUGAGGGAGAAGCAGGUAGUCUUUAUAUGCAAAUGGAGUCUGAGAAGAAUGUUAUAAGGUUUCAGGAGGCACAAAGAAAUUACUUGGACCUUUCACUAAAGAAUGCGCAUAGGAUGCUUUGUAAUCAGAAUUUUGGAGGUGCAACUUUAGGCAGUGGAAGUUACUAUGGGCAGGACCUGAAUACCAUGGGAAGAAUUCCAACUUACUACCAAAACCUGCUAAACACAAACAAUUCAUAUGGUUCAACGGAGGGAAUCAGAGCACAUGCAUGCAUUCCAGCUCCGAUCGUCGCUUGUUCUAGAACCAGCUUCCCUCCCUUCAGUCAGGUACCAAGAAGUUUAAAUCUGGAAGGUUUCAAUGCAAUCCCUGGACAAUCAAAUAAAAGGUAUCGGACAUCAGGCCAAUAAGUUAAUGACCCUGUAGAAGCCUAUUUGAAUUAUGAUGAGGGAACUCUCAACUAUGGUUCCUUCAGCCCUAGUGCAGUUGCUGGGACCU